GCUUCGUGCGGACAGACCACGAGGAGUACCUGAUCGAACCAGUGCAGGACCACACCCCGGCUCACCCCGGCGCUCCGCAUCCCCAUCUUGUGUACAAACGAUCAGCCCUUCCGACACCCGAGAGCCACACGUGUUCCUCUGAUUCCUACGAGCGCGCCAUCCACGCCCGUUCCAUGUGGGAGACCGAGCAGGAGAAGGCAGAGACCAGUGAGGCGAGAAGGAGGAGGAGGCGGAGGAAGAGGAGUGUGAGCCUGGAGAGAAAUGUGGACGGUGACGGUGGUGGCGGACAAGAAGAUGGUGGACUACUACUCGAACGAGGACCUGACUACCUACAUCCUCACCGUCAUGAACAUGGUCUCCAGCGUGUUUCAUGACGCGAGCAUCGGCAACGCUGUCAACAUCUACGUGGUGAGGAUCAUCCUGCUGGAGGACGACCAGCACGAGGCCCUCGAGAUCAGCCACAAUGCAGACGACACCCUCAGGAGCUUCUGUCAGUGGCAACAGAUGAUCAACCCAGGGAACGAGACGCACCCUCACCACCAUGACGUGGCUGUCCUCCUUACCAGGUACAACAUAUGUAGCCGCGUCUCGGACUGGUGUGCCACGCUCGGGGUGUCGGAGAUCGCAGGCAUGUGUCAGCCGCUGCGCUCAUGUAACGUCAACGAGGACACAGGCUUGCAGAUAUCCUACACCAUUGCCCACGAACUCGGACAUAAUUUCGGCAUGAACCACGACGGGCCUCAGAACGGGUGUGAGGUGCAGGACGGGACAAGCCAGCACGUGAUGUCCCCGCACCUCACCAACGACGCCAAGAUGAUCACCUGGUCCAACUGCAGUCGUAAGGAGAUCACGCACUUCCUCGACCGCAACUGGGGGACGUGCCUGGAGGACGAGCCACCGACAGUCGAGUACAGGUUCCCGGAACUGCCGCCCGGCGCCAUGUACGACGCCGACCACCAGUGCCGCCUCAGCUACGGCCAGGAGGCCACCCACUGUUCAGACAUCGAGGGCAUGGAGAGGGUGUGCCAAACCCUGUGGUGUCGAAUCAACAACCGUUGCAUCACGAGAAUGGAUCCUGCCGCGGAGGGCACGCAUUGCGGCAAACACAAGUGGUGCUCAGCAGGGGAGUGUGUCACCAUGGGGGAGCAGCCGGCAGCCAUCCACGGCAACUGGGGCUCGUGGUCGUCGUGGUCGUCGUGCACGCGGACCUGCGGCGCUGGCGUGGCCGUCGCCGUGCGCCACUGCGACAACCCGUCCCCGGCGUAUGGCGGCCGCUACUGCACCGGCGACAGGAAGAGGUACCGCAUCUGUAACACUCAGGAGUGUCCAGAGAAUGGCAUCAGUUUCCGCGCCGUGCAGUGUUCCCAGCACGGAGAGCAGCCGUACAAGGGGGAAAACCGCACCUGGCUGCCUGUAUUGUACCAAAGCUCCCCGUGCCAGCUGGACUGCAAGCCAGACAACGAGUUCUACAGCGUGAAGCUCCUCGACUCCGUGGUGGACGGCACACCGUGCAAGCCAGGCACCAAGAACAUGUGCAUCAACGGCAGGUGUAAGAGAGUUGCGUGUGACUGGACCAUUGACGGGGAGGCGCAGGAGGACCGAUGUGGUCAGUGUCACGGGGACGGAACCCAAUGUGUCACCAACCGCGGCGUGUUCAACCAGACAAUAGGCUCAGGGUACGUGGAGGCCGUCACGUUCCCCAAAGAGGCCAGGAACGUGAAGCUUCAUGACCUGCACGACGCCGCCAACUACCUCGCAAUCAAGGACACCAACACGGGGGAGUACUACCUCAACGGGGACUGGGUGAUCCACUGGUCGGGCGAAUACAGUGCUAACGGCAUCAUGAUGUACUACGACCGUGACGGAGAGACGGAGAGUCUGCUGCUGCCUGGGCCUCUCAAGACGCCCCUCACCUUCAUGCUCCUGUUCCAGACGGAGAACCCCGGCGUGUCCUGGGAGUACACGCUGCCACACGCCAACGCCACCUACAUCCCGAGCUUCUCCUGGCGCCACACCGAAUGGUCCAUCUGUUCCGUCACCUGCGGCAGCGGUACCCAGGUGUCCCGGGUGCAGUGUAUGGAACAAGAAGCUGGACUUGUCGAAGACCGCUACUGCAGCUCUCAGACGCGCCCCAAAGACCGCUCCCGUACAUGUAACACCCACGCCUGCCCAGCGUGGUGGUGGUCCGGGCCGUGGCAAUCGUGCUCCGUCACCUGCGGCGCGGGAGGCAUCAGGCGACGGACCGUCAUCUGCGUCCGCUCUUUCGGGCCAACAGAACAGAUGGCGCUGCUGGACUCCGCUUGCGACCAGUCAGGAAAACCCCACGAGACGGAGGCGUGCCCGAGCCAGGCGCCAUGCGUGCAGCUGCUGGAGUGGAAGGUUGGACCCUGGAGCAAGUCAUGCGGCCAGGACCCAUGCGAGUAUGAGGAGCGGGAGGUGGAGUGCGUGGCGCCCAGUGGCACCUGCGACCCCCUCUCACAGCCUCCCUACCGGCGGCAGUGUGGCAACAUUACAUGCGGGACGUGGCAGGCCGGCAACUGGUCCAAGUGCUCGGCGCCGUGCGGGGAGGGCGUCCAGUUCCGACGUGUGUGGUGCGAGGGCGGGCUGGCGUGCAGGGAGAAGGAUGAGCCACGCAGCGUGCGGGAGUGCACCGGUAAUUGCCUGGAGGAGGACACGCACCUAGAGAUUCAUGAAGUGCUCUCGGAGGAUCCUUUCACCGCCCACUCUUCAAGCCUCGCCACUGACUCCACCACCUCCACCACAACCCCUACCACCUCCUCCACGACUUCACUCACCACAACAACCUCACCCACCUCCACCAGUACUACCUCACAGACAUCCACCUCCACCACAUCCGUCACUACUUCGCUCUCGUCCACCACAGCCUCAGCAACCACCAGCACUGUCCUACCCCCCACCUCCACCAUCCUACCCUCCACCACCACCACUACCUCACCCACAUCCACCCAGAGUAUCAUAACUUCCUCCACCACAUCCCCGCCACCCAGUCCCUCCACCGCCACCACCUCCCCUCUACUCCCCUCCACCACAUCAGACUCUGUGUCCAUCAUUCAAGCGAUUAGUAGUCCCACUCCACAUGACCAAUCCACCGCCACAACUUCCAUGCCACCCAGCACAAUCCCUGACGCCACCCCAACCUCCACCACAACCCCGCUCACCAUCACCCCGCCACCCACCACCACUGAAGAGAUCAAGAGUCACCCCACGCCUUUCCCUACUAAUGACGACCCAUUCAACUCCACCUUCACCUCCGCACUACCGCUCGACCUCUCGACUGAUUCUGUGGCCACUGUCUUGCCCACAACCCAGCCGUCCACAACAGUGUCUCAUAGCAAGGACAAGACCAGUGCAGCGACUGAAGCUUCCCUAACGCAAGGUCUGGCCACGUCCUCCUCAGUCUCUCCCCCUCCGGCCUUGGCUCCUCCAAGUACGCCGACUGAAGCAACCACUGACCACACCAGCUGGCCGACCCGAGUCCCACAUCCACUUGACCCCGACACACCUGACUCCGCCGAGCUCAUACCUCCCUCACCUGACGCAACCCAUCAGGAGGAAGCUGCAACUAUCUCUGAGGGUGCAGGAGAGCAGGAUGCCACACGCACACCUGCUGGUGAAAUAAACAACGGGACAGUUACGCCUGAGGAAGUGAGCUCCAUCACCCCCACUCCUGACGGCGCGCUUGGCGGCGUGCAACUUGAGAGCAAGGAAUCUCCAUCCCCCUCAGAGCCGCCGCGAAGCUCUCAUGUCAUCUCAGAAACUCUCAAUGAGAUUGAUUUAGAUUCCAAGCCGCAGGUGUCUAAGGACAAGACUCUCCCUGACCUCAAGUCUUAUCAGGGCGAUGACGCGACUCACCCUCAAGUGACUUCCGCCUCGGAGGAUCACCACAAGCCCAUGCCUUCCUCCACACCGGUCACUACUGAAAAAACGAAAAUCAUAGAUCACUUUUCCAACGAGAAGGUUGCCACCGAGACAGAAGCUCCCGUAGGUGUGGCGCCGCCGACGAAGCAGACAGAACAAACCACUCCUGAGGAACUUGCCACCGAGGGACCCUUGUCAAGGACAGAGCAGCCCACAGUGUUGGAAGAACCUGUAAAGAAGAAACACAUUGAAGAAGAGGCCGAAGCCACCAUGGUGGAGGAGCCCUUGAGAGACGUGACGCCUGACAACGACACAGACGCCCAGGAGGAAGAGCGGCCGCAGGGCAUCGCUGUGGACAAGAUUGACGUGGAAGACUUUGAAGUUAUCGAGAUUGUAGAAUUGCCGGCUAAGGGAAAAAAAAAGAAAAUGAGGAAAAAGGUCCUGCUCCACACGGGGGUUGAGGCGGUGGACGCCCUGCACAACCUGGCGGAGGAGACCGCGAGCCACGCCACCCCCGCCCCCAUGCCAGACACCGCCGGGAACACUAUCGUACCGCAGCACCGGUGGAGCUUCGGCAGCUGGUCAGAGUGCACCGUGGAGUGUGGCGGCGGUUCGCGAGAGCGGGAGGUGGUGUGUGAGGCAGUAACCAACACCACAACCAGCAUCGUUGACGCCUCCCUGUGUCCUCGCCCCCGGCCGUCCAGCCUGCAGCCCUGCAACACGGAGGAGUGCGGCGAGUGGGUGGCGGGGAACUGGGGCGAGUGUUCGGCUAAAUGCGGCACCGGCGAGAGGGUCCGGGACGUGCAUUGCCCCAAGGACCUCCUGUGCCCCGCAUCCGAGCAGCCCUACGAGGUGGAGCCCUGCAACCCCGAGCCUUGCGUGCAGUGGGUGGUGGGCCCCUGGAGCCUCUGUACCAGGCAAUGUGGGGGCGGCUACCAGAUCCGCCACGUGAAGUGCGUGGACGUGAGAACACAGGAGGCGAGCAAGGCGUGUGUCAGGGAGGAGCGGCCCAAGCACAAAAUGGCGUGUCACAACCAGCGGUGCCCCAAGAACAGAAGAGGUCAGCAGAGGCGGUGCAGGGAUCGUCUGGACACCAAGCUAUGCCGCCGCCUCAAGCACAUGUGCACCACCAAGUUCUUCCUGGUCAAGUGCUGCAGAACGUGUCUCAGGAGGCCGGGCUGAGAUCGUGCUUAGCCUUGACCAUCUCUGCCUUGCCCUCCCUCCCUUCAUCCCUCACUCACUCCCUUCCUGCCUCUUAGUCUUUCAUCCUCUGUGUCUCCCUCUGACUCUCACUCUGACACUCGCUCUCUCCAUCUGUCUGUCCUUCCCUGUCUCAGUUUUCUGGGUGUCUUUCUGUUUGCAUGUUGCUGCGUGCGUGUGUGUAUGUGUGUGUGCGCUUCUCCUCUCUCUCUCUCUCUCUCUCUCUCUCUCUCUCUCUCUCUCUCUCUCUCUCUCUCUCUCUCUCUCUCUCUCUCUCUCUCUCUCUCUCUCUCUCUCUCAUUAUGUCAUUGGUUCCUUCAUUUCCUUCACUCCUGUCUCCCCGCACACCCUUCCUCCCUCCUUCUCCUUCUCCCUCCUUGUCACCUUCCAACUCUCCCUUCAGUUUCUCAUUUUCAAACCUCUUCAUUCACGAGUACAUCUUCCCUUCAUACUUCCACUGUCCUUCCGCGUCUGCAGCGUCAUCCCCGGCAGGAGGAGGCGCUGGAGUGGGCGGAAAAGAGCAUCGCCAAACUCAUGCCAAACCGUUAAACGCUGAAGAAGAGAGAAAAAGGAGAUAGAGUACAUAGAAAAAACGGAGGAAGAAGAAAGAUGAUGAAUAGCAGUGGAAGUCUCGUGUGGUCUUCCUGUAUCUUCCUAUUCCUCUUUCCUGAGCUCCUGGUCCCGCCGAAGGGGAGUCGAGUGCCUUAUGUGGUGUUCCUGGCAGUCUCUGGUCUUCCCUCGCUGAAGGAUGGGUCCAGGCGGCGGGGUUCUGAGGGCUGACUGUGAGAAAGGGUGUACUUUCUCAUAUGUGACUUUAUCCUUCUUCCGUCGUUAAGGAGACAGAGUAAGGGAGGUGGAUAGAAAAUCUGACUUUAUUCUUCCUGAGUGGUCAAUAAGAACGUGCAAAAAAGGGAGUUAAACAGAAAAUAUCACUUUAAUUCUUCUUAGUCGUAAAGAGUAGAGAGUAGAAAGGAAAGAAAGCAAGAAAUGUGUGACUUUAUAUUUAUAUUUCCUCGCAUGUCAGAGAGAAAGAAAAUGUGAAAAUGAUUACGAUUUAAUCUUCACCUUAUGUCAAGACUGCAAUAGUGAAGAUGGAAUGAAGAUAAAGGACUGAACAAUGAUACUUCCGAGUGAGAAAAUGACGACGAGGAAGAUGAUAAAACGAAAGCAUGAAUGACCAAAAGCCCUUUCCCGAACAACACCCGCCCAUGCCGCAUCCCGUGCAGCCCCCAGGAGGCCCGCAGCGCUGCCAGGACGAGGAGUGGCAGUCUGACGAAGGACCAUUACCCAAAACCCUUUACCCUUAAGUCAUCUUUAUUUCAUCUCUAGCUUAGCCUCGUCAGUGCAAUGUGAAGAAAGUUACACGAAUGUCCGUGUGUGAGUGUCCUGAGUGCUCUCUCAGAUUCCUGCACUUCCAUUAGUUUAGAGCCUCGUAAUAUAUAUAUAUAUAUAUAUAUAUAUAUAUAUAUAUAUAUAUAUAUAUAUAUAUAUAUAUAUAUAUAUAUAUAUAUAUAUAUAUAUAUAUCCAGCUGAGAUGGUGCAAGGCUACUGUGUAUAUUUCACCCAAGUAAUUUUUGUCUUCAAGUAUUCCUCCAUGCAAAUUUCACCCAGUAUCAUUCUCCAUUAUGGUGUUUCCUCCCUAACCUGACCUGACACAUCUCAACCUAACUUAAUUUGCCAUGAGGGAAUGAUCUGGGGGAAGUCUCGUGGUGAAAUCUUCGUGUGGGGAUUUAUUUGGGAGCAGCUCGCGGUACACGGCUGCAGGACGCUACAGAGGGACGCUUGCGUAUCCUUUCUUUCAGUGCACCGGCUCGGAGGUAGGGUGGGUGUCUCGCCGCGCCUCCCUCCACACUGUACAUAGCUGCCCCGUGAGGCUAUUGUAGUAACGUGUCUCGUGUGCUAACUCCACUCGGCACAGACACAGACACAGGAUCAUAUUCUGAAACACCUCGCGCUACAACUUGACCAUUUUCUAACGUCUCUAGAUGAAGCUACUCUUAAGAAUGCGGUGAGUCAUCUCCGUGGCUUUUAGAAAUGGUCUUGGUGAGAGCAAAACGUUUCGGAAUAAGGGCCUGUAACCUUGCUGUUAGUACUUAGACCGGCCUGGCUGACUCACCUGGUCGGGAAGGCAGGUAUUCGUGAGUCGCGUAGAUUAUAACUAGGCCGUGAUGUGUCAGUGUUAUUCUGCCUUGUCGCCCCACCACAGCCCAGAGACACACGCUGGGAAGACUGACGUGCAGAGAAUCAGGGACUCAUUCAUACUAAAUACAACCAAAUCAUAGAAAUCAAAACAUAUCUGCUGCUUCAUAGGGAGUGUGCCAAGUGUUACCUUUUCAUAUCAUGGAGUUAAGUACAAUAGGAUGAGGUGGAGCAGAAGCACGCAAGGACAAGAUGGUGGAGGAGUACAUGAGUGAUGUAAAUAGUGUGCUGUGCUGCCUCGCCGCGCCCUGUGUGUGUGUGUGUAUUAGAUAGAAAGGCCACCUGAACAUAGGUGUAGGUUGAUUAGACGUGUCCAAAAACAUUUAGCUAUAAAAAAAAGUCGUUUCGGAAAUUUUUUUUGUGUCUGGACUUACUGCAGCGCAAACCGUAAGUCUCCACUUGAUUCAUUUCCCUUAUGAACAUUCCACCGACAAGAUUAUCCCAAAAAUAACUGCCUCAUCAUUUUGGGCUAAACCUCCAUGGAGAAAUCUUUGUGGGUGGAGUAUACUUGAAUGAAAUCUAUAUAAAAUACUUGACUUCCACUCCCCUAAGCCUGAGUGACCGGCGUGUUGGUAUGUUGGGCAGUGAACCCACGCCAGCAGACACUCGCAGGCAGACCCGCCAGGGCAACACAACACAGUGGCACAGGCAGACUCUGCUUGGGUUGCUCCUCACUCCCUUCAUUCCCUCCUUCCUCACCGAGGCAAUUCAUCACACGUCACCAGUGAUUCCGUGACUCAGCAUCUUCCUAACCGGGGACACAAUACUUCCAUUGACCCCUGACCUCGCCCUGGCACACACGACACCCACCGCUGUUACCAUCCGCGCCGCCCCCGCCCGCGCCCAGCCUCUAGGCAAGGCAGGGGAGUGCGGCGGAACACACAAGUAAGGAGGGAUAGAGUAGGUAAGACGCUGUCUGGGUAGGAUAACCAACAGGAGACAAAAGAACAAGAUAGGAUAGUACAGGACAUCAUGAUAAAUGAAUACAUAAUAGGUUAGAACAGAAGGUUUAGAGAAGGGCUUCCCACAUUUUAUAUACAUGGUUUUUAGGGGCACUGUGCAGCGUCAGUUAUCUAUGUAAUGCUAAGUAACUGAGUGGUGCCAAUACAGCGCUGUGAAGUGCUCUCCUUCCUGCAAACUGCUGUGGCGCACGUGUGUACUGAGUGACGGGAAGCCCCGUCAGUAUGUUUGAGCUGCACCUCCCCAUGAACCAUAAGUCCAUCACUGAUGGUUCAUCGAUAUAUACUUAUAAGCUGCUUUGGCAGUUAAGGAUUGAUAGGGUUCACAAAUCUACCGCUAGGUGGUAGUGCAGUCACUGAACUAGUUUGAAAGCUUGCCACUAGGGAGUAUUACACUCAGUAGUUCAGCAAUCUAUGGCCAGACGGCAGUGCAAUCGCCAAACUAGUUGAUAGUUUGACAGUAUGUCAAUUAAGGGUGGUAAUUUUAAUUUUACUUAGUAAUAUUUAUCGCCUGUAGGUGGCGAGAACAUCUAUCUGAUAUAUAAUUCUUCAGCUGUGAGUUUACGUGACUUUCUGUAGCGGAUGAGAAAAGUAACCGCCAGAUAAGAUGAGGUCACUGUGCCGUGACAGCGGCAGUGAGUAGUUAGCAAUGGGUCAAAACUGGCGGGCGACACACUCACCACUCGUGUGAAUCAUAAAUACAGUUUAGUUGAGGUGUGUUGAGUAAAAUCACAAGAUUAAAAUAUCAUGAGAGCAAGUUAUGUAAUAACACACACACACACACACACACACACACACACACACACUUUCUAGUCUGUCAUCUCCUCCCCCGUGGCAUAAGAUAAGGCUGAGUGAGGAGUGAGUAGGAAUGAGUGAGGGCUGGGAUGAGUCACGCCACUUGGGAACUUAUGAACCUCAACACAGUGGUGCGACGGAUCAGUGGAGGAGGAGAAAGAAGUGAUUGAGUAAGGCGGGGAGAAGGAGGGGAGGGUGACUCACGAUUCAUGGCAGACGUGGCGGCGGGCACAGGCCAUCAGGGAUCCCUCGCAUUGACCUUGUGCCAUCCUCCUCCUCCUCCUCCUCCUCCUCCUCCUCCUCUUCCUAUGAGACUAAGUGAAGUCUAGUUGACAAGAAGCUUGAUGGAGAGCCUUGCUUCGUGUGUGUGUGUGUGUGUGUGUGUGUGUAAGAGAGAGAGAGAGAGAGAGAAUUAGUAAUAGUAGUAGUAACAGUAAUAUAUAGUAGUGGUAGUAGUAGUAGCAGCAGCAGCAGUAGCGGUACCGGCAACACACAGUCUCCAGCCUGACAACCUCCAGAGGGAAGCGUUUUAAGUUAUAUUACAUUAGCAUAGGUCACUAGUCUUAGGCGAGUUUAGGUUAGUCAGUACUGGGCCAAUUUAAUGUAAGUCAGUAUGUUUGUGGAAGACGAAAAUGAAUGACAAAUAAGUUGGAUAAAUACACAUGUAGUAUCAUAUCUUGAUGUUGGUGGGAUUAAGAGAUAAGUUUCUUCCGUGAAAAUGAAAGGAAAAGAAACUGUAGUCAUAAAUGUUGCUGUCCAGGAGGAAAACAGUGGAAAACAAUGUAGCAGAAACGUUAAUUUUCGUAGCAUCUUCCCUUUUUCUCAGUGCCCCGCCCCAUCAAGCCCAUCCCUCCACCACGCAGUAUUAGUAGUCUCACUGCCGCUCACUACGUCUUUACUGCCUCUUGUGUACAGUACAGAGCAGCGUAGAAACCGCUUACCCACUGAUCCCUUCCCUGGACGGCCUGACACACCUCCGCAUGACACGGUGAUUAGGCGGCGACCGUGAGGCGAAGUUUCAAUGCUAUGCGUAUGCCUGGAAAUCUUGCCCACGGUCUACUGACAGAGAAACCUUGGUCUUGAUCUUGCCCUCCGUGGACUGCUUGGUGAGGUGUUGCGCCUUGUAGUGGUGCUGUGUACUCGUAGGUUUGUUAAAAGCAUUCAUGUACGCUCCCUAGUGGUGGUGUGUACGUGUGUAGGCGUCCCUGUGCGCCUCGUGUUGGUGUUGUGUAUGUGUGUACGCUAGGUGUUACACGUCCCCUUUUGUAUCGUAGCUUUAAGAGUCUGUAGGAGAUAGGUUCAGAAAAAGAAGUAAAAGCUAAACUCAACAUUUAAGUCUCUUGGAAAAUCGUUAAUGACGGUGUUCGAAAUGUGAGUCGUGCUUUGUAAGAGAAAAAACACGGCAUGUUUUUCUCUAGUGGAAAAAAAAAAUGUUGCUUAACAGUGAGUUAUUUGCUGACGGCUUUGAUAUAUAGAAAGAAGUAUAUGUAUUUUUUUUUCCUCUCAAUAAAUAUUCCUCAACUUAUAAUUCCUCAACAUAUUUCGUAUUUGUUCAACUUUGUAAAACUUAUGGGACACAAAUAAGUAAGUGUUUGAGAAAAGUAAUAAAAUAUAAUCAUGAUUUGCAGAUGUGUCGUGCUCCUCGUGUAUAAUAAAUAGUAUGUGUUGCGAAUAAAGGCGCUUCUCAAUGCA